AUGGACAAAGCAAGGUUGGCGGUUGUCUUUUUAUGUAAUGCUGAUGGUUCAGACAAAUAUGAACCCAUUAUCAUUGGCAAUUCAGCCAAACCUGGCUACUUUCGUGUUAAAUCUGGUGCUGAUCCUAAAUUCAGGUACCAUCUCAAGAAGGCUUGGAUGACGAAAGAAGAGACUGAGAAAGUGGAACAGCAAGAAAAUAUCAAGGAAACAGAUCUUUUAGAAGCAAUGAGGGCUGUUGUCUACAACACUGUCCCCACUACAGCUGAAGAGUUUGAGGUUUUAGCAGCCUUCUCCAAGUUGUAUAUCCCUCAUCGUCAGCAAAUGAUAUCCAAUUGCACCAAGCAAACUUCAAUUACUUUCAUCUGUUUUAAAUUCUACUCUAUCUUGGGCACAAUGACUACAAUUGAAACCCUAUGUAUGCAGCUGGCCACUAUAUCAAUAUUUUCAGAUAUGAUGCCUACUGAUUGCUGA